AUGCAGCACGGAUGGAAUAAUAAAAGGGAUAAAAGAGGCGAACUGUUUUUCGACCAGAACAGCGGUAACAGUUUUAUUCAUUGUGACAUGAUAAAAUGUAUGCACGAAAAAGGAAAGGAAAAAUUAAAGAAAUUUUUAAAAGCUAAUGAUAAUUUAAUAUACGAUGAUGUGUUUCAUUUGAAUAUAUACAUAAAGAACAUAUGGGUUUCAAUGAACCUAAGAUGUAAAUUUUCCAUAUAUGAUUUAAUUUUAAUCGCAAGGUCUUUUAAAAAUACCGAAAUAAUAUAUGAUGAUACAGGUUUUAAUGCAAAUAUUGAAGAGUCUUUUUUUAAAGGGGAUGGUGAAGAUGAAGGUGAAAAUGAAGAUGAAGAUAAAAAUGAUGUAGAAAAAAAAAAAAAAAGAAAAAAAAAAAAAAAUUUAUUUUUCAUUUAUUUUCAUAAUUAUAAAAUUCGAAAAAAUGUGGUAAAAAUAUUUUUUCAAAAUCCAUAUGUUGUUUGUUUUAUUCAUAAAAAUGGGUCGAUACAUAUACAUGGUGCACUUACAUUGAGGAAAAUGUUAUUAAUAUUAAUAAAAGUAGUUAAAAAAUUGAAAUAUAAAACAUUCUGGAUGUAUUUAAAUGGUAAGAUUAACCGUACCCAUAUUGACAAUUCUUAUCCUAGAUUUGGUGAAGAUCUACAUAGGAGGGUGGACUCUAGACGAAAUGACUCCCCUAUCUGUUAUGAUUUUACACCUGUCUUAAAUGAUGAAUGUUUAAGAGAUGAACAUGCACAUGGUCAGGUAAAUAUCGCCUGCAAUGUAUUGCCCAUCGCUAAAAACGCGAAUGCUGAAUUAAGGUAUUUUCGAGAUUGUGGUCAAGGAUGUAGUGAGCACAUAUUGGGAGAAAAGGCAAAUUUGGAAAAGAGGGAUGAUGCGGGAGAAAAAGAAGUGGAAGAAAUGGAAGAAGUGGAAGAAAUGGAAGAAAUGGAAGACGUGGAAGAAGUGGAAGACAUGGAAGAGCAGGGAGAAAACACCCCAAUGAUCAGCAAUUUCACGGAUGAUGAUUCACAGCUGAGCGCUGGUUUGAGUACGGACGACCUAAGAGCAAUUAAUUCGUCUGUAACAAACAGCAUGAACGCGAAAGAAGCAAUUAUUUUUUGCGAAAAUGUUAUUGAAGAAGUUAAGUCGAAAUUAAAAAAUUAUGAGAGCGAAUUUUGCGUGAAAGGACCACCACCACGAAAAGAAGAAAAUGAGGUGGAAGAAAAAGACGAUGAAGACGAAGAAAAAAGCAUAAAAUUGUUGAAGGAUAAUAAUAAUCGCACAAACACAAAUACAUGCAAUAUUUUUGGUGUUGUUAUAAGAACUGAUGAAAAUGAUGAAAACGUUGAAAACGAUGAAAAUGAUGAAAAUGAUGAAAACGAUGAAAAUGAUGAAAAUGAUGAAAAUGAUGAAAAUGAUGAAAAUGAUGAAAAUGAUGAAAAUGAUGAAAAUUGUAAAAAUGGUAAAAAUGGUAAAAGUGGUAAAUAUGGUAAAAAUGGUAAAUAUGGUAAAAAUGGUAAAAAUGGUAAAAAUGGUAAAAAUGGUAAAAAUUAUAAAAUUAUCAAAAAUUGCAAAAAUUGCAAAAAUAUGAACAGUGCAGGAAUUGCAAAAAAUGCCAAAAAAAGCCCCAAUAAAAAAUUUCCGUUAAAAUUUUUAAAAAAGUACGACGAGCCGUUAAAUAAAGACUCAAAUCGGAACGAUCUGUUCUCAUAUUCAAGUGAAAAUGAACGAUUAAAUUAUUACAAUUAUGGUAUGUGCGUCAGUCCUAACAAUCUUGACAAUCUUAACAAUGCUUUUUCAAAUGAGAUAAGCCAAAAAAAAAAAGACGUAAAAAGCUGUAAAGAUACCCCAUCAAAUGAGUCUAAUUUUCAUCAAAAUUGUGAGCAUAAUAUCGAUGACAUAAUAAUAACCCCAUCUAAUAGCACAAAUUAUAUAUCAAAACAUUCAAAAAAAAAGAAUAUACAUGUAUAUGAUAAAAAUGUAUACUCCAUGAAAGUACAAAAAAUAAAUUUGAGUGAGGAGAGUCCCUCUCGCGCAAAACAGUUAUUUUUUCAAAAUAAUAAUAAAAAGGUGUUUAACAAAAAGCAUAUAUAUAAAUUUGACACCUAUCAUAAAUGGAAAUAUAUUAUUCGAGAUGAUAUCAUUUUUGAUAUGAAUUAUUUUUAUAUUAAACAAUUUGUGUGUGUAUUUAAAAUUAAAUUAAAAUAUUUUGAUAUAAUGAAAUUUUAUAAAUAUAACGAAUUUAAAAAUAUACUAACUGAUAUUAAUAACAUUAUAUAUAUAAAAAUAGAUCAAAAUCUUAUAAAUAAAUUAAUUGAACAAGCCAAUUUAGAAAACUUGGUUAAAAAUAAUUCCAUUUAUAAUUACAAAGGAAAUAACCAAAAUUCUGUUAGGACUGUUUUAUUGUUUAGUUCGGGGAAUGUUGUUAUUUAUGCCUGUAAGAACAGGCGCGAAGUUUUGUGUGUGUCCAGGUUUAUUAUUAACACACUUAGGAGAAACAAUAACUUAGUGAUGUGA